AUGUCCGGGGAAACGUCGGAACGGAUCGAAGGAUGCAAGCGCUGGUCGCUCAUGCGCAAUGAGCGCGGCAUGACCGAAGUGCUGCCGUGGUCGCUGAGACGUGUGGUGAUGCAAGCUGCCAUGAAACUAACAUUAUGUUGUGCGCUCGGCUGGGUCGCAAUGCCGUUGCUGCUCUGGUGGGCCAACGCGGUGGCGAAAGUCGAAUUGGACCAAGGCGUCUUUCGCUACCAAGACUCGUGGUAG